AUGGAUAGUUAAUAAGAUUCAAGGCUUGCGUCAGAAUAAGGGUCACCAAAAUUAAAACUAACAGCAAAUCAAAGAGUAUAGAUAAUUAAAGAAUUUUUUGCUUCAAAAGGUAAAUAUCCAGUUUUUUCCAAUAACCUAAUUGACGAAGCUAUAGGUCUGAAUUUUCUAUCAUAUGAUAAGAAAGAUAAAAUUUUAAGAGAUCCAAACAAAUUAUCUAUAUUUUAAAUAGAGCUAAAUAUGAAUUCUCCUCGUACUAAAGAAGCUUUAUAAUUAAUGGAAGUCUAAGAUGAUUGGUGUCAUGUGAUGUCAUUCUUCGAUUUUUAAAGUGAGUUUGAACAUCCAAUAAAGUGUUUGGUAGAUUAUAUGGAGUAUUUAUAAGGAAAAUCACGAAAGCUGUUGCAAAUAGUUUCUUUAAGAAACAGACUAAAAAAAAUAAGUAAAAAUAAUACAGGAAACAAUAAUGUCAACACCAAUUGUACAAUAACUUAAUAAGCAUCCUCUAUUUUUGUAACUGAUCAAAGAAAUUCAUAAGUUCUAUCCAAAUCAUUCAAUACACGAAGUUUAGAUUUUUUACAAUAAUCAUUUGAUGAUAAAUUAGAGUAAAUCACUAAAAGAAAUACUCAAUAUCUCAAUACACUUAAAAAACAUUAGCAGUUAGAUGAGGAAUAGAAUUAAAAGUUGCAACAAUAUUACUAAGCCACAAUCCCUAGUAUUGCUAGGAAAGUAGAGAAAGUAAAAGAAUUACAUAGAUUAGAGUAGAAUUAACGAAAGCAAUCGUAGAAAUAAAGACAUAAGAAAACUUUAGAGAAAAUAGAAAAAUUGGAAAAGGAAGAUAAAGAACAUAGACAAUAAUUUUAAGAAUAAAUAAAGCACAAAUUUGAGUAAUCUGAACUCAAUAGAAACUAAUUAAACUAGUCUUAUUAGCAAGAAAUGUAAGAAAAUAUUGAAAGAAACAAAAAGAGACAAGAGGAGAGAGAUGCUAAAAGACAAAGAGCAAGAGAAUUAGAAGAAUAAGAAGUUGAAGAAAUAAUUGAAAGAAAUUAAGAGAAAACAUAAAUGGCGGAGAAUUGUUUAAAAAAAAUAAGAAAUAUUAUGAAAUUAAAAAAAAUAGAAUAACAAAAGAAGAUAGAAAUCGCUAAUAAAAAAGUUGUUGAAAAACAGCAAGAAAAAGAUUAAUAGAGGCUAUAAUAUUUUAUUUAGAUCGCCGAUUAAAGUAAUAAAAUGGUAGAAUCCCAAAUGUAAUUGAGAACAAAACGCUUGAAUGAGUUAAAACUAAAAUUUGAAAAAACAAAAAGAAGAUUUUAAGUGAGUUUAAUUCUAAAAUUGAAGAAAUACGAUCAUAAGAGGAAUCAAGAAGAUUUAAUUAAUGAAAACAGAACUUUAACUAUGCUUUCUGCAGAUAGGAUUAGAGAAAUUGAUGAAAGGGAGAAGCUUAGAAUGUAGAGAACAACCAGAAUUAAUUAAGAACACGAAUAAUAGUAAGAGAAAUGGUUGUAAAAGAUUAUUAUCGAAAAGUAAAAAAUGAAAAAGUUAAAAUCAUAAUAAGAGAUGUUCAAGGAUGCUAUUAUCAAAUAACAUUUAGAGUUAAGAAACACGGUAGAUAAGUUGAUGAAAUGA